AUGACCUCCGCGUGGAACCCCCGGUCGAUCAAUUGGGACUGGGAGGCCCAGUUCGCCCAGGCGACCGACCUCGCCAAAAACGCCAAGGAGGAGGGGUACUCGCUUCGCCCGUUCUACUACUACGCGUUGCCGGUGCUGUCGCUCCCGCUCUACAACGCCGUCACCUCGAUCCUCACCAAGUUCCACGGCGCCGACCGCCAGCAGCAGCUCCACAUCCUCGCUGGUAUCCUCCACUUGUCGGUGGACCAGGUGCUGCACUGGAUGGGCCUGCCGGUGGACUUGAUCUACGCCCACAUUGGCGUUGGUGCUGGCGAACGACACCGCCAGCCGGCGAGCACUGAUAGCGACUACCACAAGCGGAAAAAGUGGUACCUCGAGCGGGUGCACCAGCUUAGCGACUGUCUGUUUGCGCUGGCGCUCUACGACCAAGUAGGCGGUGAUGAAGGGCUCUUUUUGGUGUGUUGGGUACUUAUGCUCGACGACGGCCACCGGCGGGUGUUGCUGAAGUCGAUAGACUUCUCCGCCGACCCGGUGCGGGAAACCGUCCAGAUUGCGGCGCCGACGACGUUAAACCCGGCACCGGUGGCGCUGGAGCCGCUGGAGCCACUGAAGUUUGACCGCAUCAUGACCAAUUUGAGCCACGACAUGCAAAUGAUUGGCGUUAACGAAACUGCCGACGCUGGUGAGGGGAAGAACAAGAAGAAGAACAACAAGAAAAAGAAGAAGGCGCUGGCGUCGCCGUCGCCGUCGCCAUCACCAGCACCGUCUCCCGCACCCGAACCGCCAGUGGCGCUGACAGUGCCCGCAGCUACUGCUGACAAACUGGCCUACGAUAAUACACCCGUCGAAGAAGUUGAGCAAAUUGACGAGGACGACUACGACACCUACGCUUAUUCCGAAGUUGAUGACCUGAAGGAGUUCCAGGAACUUCUCGAACAGCUUAUGGGUUUGUUCCCCAGAUUUGCCCGGUACGAGCUUGCGCUUUUAAUGAAGACUUCGGACAGCAUCGAGGAUUUGAUUGAGUACUUAUGUGUCGAACUGGAACUGCUCCUGAUCUUACAGGACAUGGCUGAUGAAGCCGAAGCGGCGGCGCCUAAGGUCUACGACGAGGCCGUUUUGCAGCUUAAGGAAGUGUUCCCCAACGUUGACAUCGAGGCGUUGGAACAGGCGUUCGACGCCCACCACAAGGACAUUGCCACCACCACCGAGUACUUGUUGAGAACCGACGUCAACGAAAACGCCGACUUCCUCAACUUCACCACUCCUUCGCAAAAGGCUAAGCGCGAGAGUGUGGAGACGGUGGCUGAAUUAUUGGACGUCACUCCUGACCUCGCCCGUGAAUACAUGAACCACAAGGGCAACCAGACCAUUGUCGAUGCCAUCAUCGAGAUCAUCUUGUGGCACAAGCCCACGCCGCCCUCAGCGCAGUCGUCGGCGCUGCUGCUGCUGCUGCUGUCGCUCAGCCGGGUGCAACGCGGUGGUAAAAGCGGCAAGCCCCGCCAACGGGCGCCUCAAUACAAGUACCGUCCUCAAAGUUCGGAGGCGGUCGAGCUUAAGGAGUGGUACAACCUGAACCCUAAGUUCCGGUCCCAAUUCCCAAUGAAGUUCAUGGUGGAGCUGCUUAUCUACUUCAGUGGGGAAGUGCAACGGGUGGUGGGUCUUGCCGUUGAGCUCGUGUCGAUGCACUUGGCCGAUAAGUUCAGAGAGCGCUACGACGUUAUCAGCAAGCGCAAGCGUCCCGCUGAGCUUACGCCUCAAGAACGCCUUGCCCUCGCUGCUAGUGCCGACCAAGUCGCCCCUAACCCGCAAAUGCGGACGUUGGGCAACACCUUUGCCGAUGCGGUGAAGGUGAAGAAGCCUCAAGAUCCCCUGCAGGCGAGAAGGGCUGUGGACAGCCAUCGCCAAGCGAUGUCGCACCAGUUCACCCAGGUUAAGUUCUACAUGGCGGGUAAGAACACCCCGCAAAUGGAGCAAUUGAUCAACGCAUUCAAGCGGGGGAGCGACUUGGAUCUCCACGGGCUCCGGUUGGCGGAAGCGGUGGACGUCACCCGCAAAGCGCUCACGUUGUGGUGGCAGAAUGAGCUCCACCUGCGUGAGCAACAGGGCCAGUUGCACAAGUAUGGCAGCAAGGCGCAGUUUGCCGGGCUGGUGAAGGUGAUCACUGGGCGCGGGCUCCACCUGGAAGGUGGGGUGUCGGUGAUUCGUAAGGCGGUGGACGGGUUGCUCAGAAUGGGCAAUUACACGUUUGAGUCGCAAGUGGGGGCGUUUGUGGUCACCGGUAAGCGGAUUUAA